AUGCAGCUGCGGGUGCGGCAAUGCGGCUGUGUGCGGGGCCAGCCGGGGUGCCUGCCGGCGGGGCUGGAGGAGCCCGGCUUGACUGCGCUGGUGGUUGGGAAAGCACUUGUGAACUUGGCACGGGAAAGAACCCUGGGGGUCCAUGGAGCCCCGGUUCUUCAGGUCUCCUCAGGGAAGAUGACACCGGCAGGAGAGGGGCACUGCAGUAAUGCCGAAAUGGGUCGCCCAGGCAGCAAAGCUCAGGUCUUCCCCAUAUCGGUGACGAGCGGCAGCAGUUUGGCAGUGGGACCUUUGUCGGAGGUGAUGGGAGCUGCAUCAGCGCUUCAUGCGGAGCAGGUCCCUGUUCCUGUUUAUCACCCGACUCCUAGCCAGACUCGGCUAGCAACACAGCUGACAGAAGAGGAACAAAUCAGAAUAGCGCAGAGGAUAGGCCUUAUUCAGCAUCUACCUAAAGGAGUCUAUGAUCCGGGAAGAGACGGCUCCGAGAAGAAGAUCAGAGAAUGUGUCAUUUGUAUGAUGGACUUUGUUUAUGGGGACCCUAUCCGAUUUCUGCCGUGCAUGCACAUUUACCACCUGGACUGUAUAGAUGACUGGUUGAUGAGAUCCUUUACCUGUCCAUCCUGCAUGGAGCCAGUGGAUGCAGCACUGCUUUCAUCGUAUGAGACUAACUGAGCCAGGGUUUCUCCACUGAACCUUCGAGGAGACCAUCCACUUUAAUGGGUUUGAUCCUUUUGUCAUUCAGCCCAAAGAGCCAGGAAUUAGGAAUUAAGAUCGUGCACAAAGUAUACAUUUCCUAAUAAAUAAAUAAAAAAUAUUCCUGAAUGGCUGCAAAUAUUGGAAAAACCAUAGUAUUUUAGAGACUAUAGAAAAAGUAGGUUGUUAUUUUUAAUGUAAAGCCUUGACCCACCAUUGUCUUCUAAUGUUUGUUCUUACACCCAUAUAUAGGAAUUGUGUAAAGUGUUACAGCAACUGUAAAUGUUUAAACUGCGUGUAUCCGAUUUUAUUAGCAGCAAGAUAAGAGUAUUUUUUUCCUAAAUAAAGUAACCAAUUUUGUUCUGAUUCUUUUCACAAGUCCUGGCAUUUGGGUCAAGGCUUUAUUGAAAUCUACAUUUUAUAACACUGGCACAAAGAAAUAGUUUUAAGCUUGUUUGCACAGUUCUUUUUCUUUUUUUUUUGUUUUUUCCAUUGGAGAUGGAAUUCAUUGCCUUAGGUCUUUUUAAUAGUGUAUUGUUAUUGUUGGGCUGGCUCUAUGCUUGAAAACCAGUUUAUUUAUAACCUGUUAAAAGUGCUAUAUUUUGUUUGCAGUUAGGAAUAUGCAGACUUCAAAGUGAUCUCCUAGCUUGUAAGCAAACUGAGAUGCAUUAUCCCUUUUCUACAAGUGAUGUGGAAUAUGAAGAUACGAAACAAGUCCUGCAGUGAAAUUAUGGUUUCAUGGUUUUUAUAACUUGCUUCGGUUAUGAUGAAACAACAGUCCUUAAACUUUGUCACCUUUAACUCGAUGAGGUUAAAAGUGGGCCAGAUGGACAAUGAAUAGUUAAGCUACCAUGACUGAAAAAAAAAUUAAUAAUUUUGGAACUAAUGUAGAGUUAGCAUUGAUCACUUAUUCUACUUUUUUCUCCCUAAAAAUGGUUGUCUUCUGAUCAUAGUAAAUGGAUACUGCAUCUCUCGUUCUUGUAGUUCUUAGGUUAUCAGAAGUUAAGAAUAAACAUACUGUAUCUCAGU